UCCGGUAUCUGCUAACAAUUCAGACAACAUUUUUGCAGAGUUCAAAACAAGACAUCAGCUAAGCAAAGAAGAGAAAAUGUCGCUUAUCCCAAGUCUGUUUGGUGGUCGAAGGAGCAACGUCUUUGAUCCUUUUUCUCUUGACGUGUGGGAUCCGUUCAAAGAUUUUCAGUUUCCAUCUUCGCUUUCUGCUGAGAAUUCUGGGUUUGUGAACACCCGAGUGGAUUGGAAGGAGACCCCAGAAGCGCACGUGUUGAAGGCUGAUAUUCCAGGACUGAAGAAGGAGCAGGUGAAGGUUGAGAUUGAAGAUGACAAGGUUCUUCAGAUAAGCGGAGAGAGAAACGUUGAGAAAGAAGAUAAAAACGAUAAGUGGCACCGCGUGGAGCGUAGCAGUGGUAAGUUCUUAAGGAAGUUCAGAUUGCCAGAAAAUGCUAAAGUCGAUCAAGUCAAGGCUUCCAUUGAAAACGGGGUUCUCACUGUCACCAUUCCAAAGGAAGAGGUCAAGAAGCCUGAUGUUAAACCCAUUCAAAUUUCUGGUUAAAGACCAACAUGUGUAUAAAAUCUCUAUGUUUUGCUUUCGUCACUUUUAAGGAAUCUUGUGUCUGUGUUGUGUCUGUCUGAAAAUGAGGAUAUUUUAUCUGUACUGUGAAUUAUAAGAAGCAUUAUACAAGUACUAAGUUUUAACUGUUGAAGUGUUA